UCGGUGCGCCACCACUAUCGACACAGAGCAGCUCAAUUGUGCAGAACGCUGUCGCUCGGCUAUCGGAGGAAAAAAUGGUUUUUCUAGUGGUAAAAAGGUUUUAAGGCUAUUGAUGUAACCGAUCCAAUGCACAACAGUAUGCAGAGGCUGGGCAGCAUAAUGUGCGAUGUGAACGGAAAUGUAUCGCUCGACGAGUAGGUGAAUGGUGUCGACCGAAUGCUACAUCCGGUACUGCUUUGAUGGAAACAUCUUUUUAAAGAAAAUUGGAAACCGCGCGAGUUGAACUGAAACGGAAGCCAAAGUGUAAAGCGCGUUUAUCGCCGAACGGAAAAGGGGGAAAAAAGACGUAGCGGCCGUAGCGGGUGGUGGGAUCUUGGGAAGGCAACGGGAAGCAGCAGCAUCACUCCCCCCCUGGUUUGGUGGGCCGAAAAGGGUGGACAGAAAGGCCGGAACGCAGUGAGCGCCCUUUUCUUCCGCCGUGGUGCGUGGUUAGUGCGCGUGCGUGCGUGAGUGCGUGCCGUGUGUGCGUGUGUUCGCGCGCCCUUGUUCCGUGUGCUCGGGAGUGUGUGUGCGUGCGUGCGCGCUGUUUUCCGUGUGCUGCUGCGCCGUGCGUGUGUGGCGCCAUUCCGACGUGCUUUCGCGAGCCGUCCCAGUGUGUUUGUGUGUGUGCGGGGAGGUUUUUUUGUGUGUGCUUUCUCGGUUGUUUGGAAACGGCAGAUAACGCCAACGCGAAGCGAACGGCGGCUGGCGGCCGGGUGGAAGUGAAAGCGAAGGGUAUGCGCGCGCGUUUUUCUGCCGUACCGUGGCUUUGUGGUUUUCUUGCCGCGUUGCAUCCCUGCCUGGCGAUGCUGUGUGCGUGAGUGUAGUGUGUGUGUGCCUGUGCGUUUGUGUGUGUGUGUGUGUGUGUUUGUGCACACAUGUGCCUGCGAAAGGGCUAACAGAGCAGAGCAGUAGCAGUAGCAGUGUGAAUGCACGUUUCCCGGGUGCACGUUUUGCGUACCAGCAGGGAAGGAAGAGGGGAGAAGUGUUCGAAUACUGUCGGCUAAGAAGCGCAAAGUGCUGUAACGCGUACGCUGCAGUGUGCCACCCAUGUGCCCGGGUGGUGAAGAAGGCGGAGGAGACGGAGCAAGCAGGAGACCGUGAGAAUUUGCUCGCGUAUCCUUUUUUGUUGUUUUAAGCCCCCGGCCCCGGGGAGGGAAGCGUAGAGCGUAGUGGAAUCAUUUGGAAAGAAAGAACGCGCGACACCGUUGACGGACGGACGCUCAUUGCGAAGACGACCCCCGGUUGGAUUGUUGGGAGAGAAGAUAAACACAUACGAACAGAGAGACGAACGAAGCGAAAUAUUAAAACAAAAACACCGUGAAAAAAGCCGAGACGAAAAUCUACAUCAAGUCCACCUCGUCUCGUGGUAGUUCAAUUGCUAGUCUCAACUUUGUGCAGCAUAGAUUGGAUAGCGCGCAACACGGUGUCGUCCUGCGCUACUCCGUUCCCAGCAAGCAGUGCCAUCGGUGGAACACAUCCACCACCAGCGUGAAAGCGUCCCAUCCCAAAAAAAAUAAAUCCCAAAACGGCUCGUGAAUGAUGUCCGUGCAGCAGUACUGUCUACGGUGGAACAACCAUCAGCCGAACUUCAUCUCGGUCUUCUCGACGCUGCUGCACAAUGAGAGCCUGGUCGACGUUACGCUGGCCGCCGAGGGGCGGCAGCUGCAGGCGCACAAGGUCGUCCUGUCGGCCUGCAGCUCCUACUUUCAGUCACUGUUCACCGCCAAUCCCUGCCAGCACCCGAUCGUGAUACUGAAGGACGUGCAGUACAACGACCUGAAGACGAUGGUCGACUUCAUGUACUACGGCGAGGUGAACGUGUCGACCGAACAGCUACCCCAGGUGCUCAAGACGGCCGAAAUGCUCAAAAUCAAAGGGCUGGCAGAGAUGCCGGACGCGUCCGCCGUGUGCAAGGCGGACCUCAGCAAGCUCGAUCCGUCCGAACUAAUACAGGCGGCGAACGUUAUACCCGGUGCGGCCGGCGAUGCGAUAUGGGGCAGUGCCGAAUCUCAGCAGCAAGCGCAGCAACAGCAGCAACAGCAGCAGCAACAACAGCAGCAGCAGCAACAGCAGCAGCAACAGCAGCAGGCGCAACAUCAUCAGCAACAAACGCAACAGCAGCAGUACCAACACCAACAGCAGCAGCAGCAGCAGCAACAGCUACACCAGCAAACCCAGCAGCUGCGACGAUCGCCUUCCCCCACGACCAAUAUGUCACCCGCGGCACGAAGGAAACGGUUACGGAAGACGUCAACCGGAUCCGGAUCCAUCUCCUCCGAGCGGCUACAGCAGCAGCAGCAACAGCAGGCCGCUGCAGCAGCUGCUGCCGUUGCUGCCCAGCAGCAGGCGGCCGCCGUAGCAGCGGCCGCAGCAGCCGCCGCCGCCGCUCAGCAGCAGGCGGAGGAGCAACAGCAGCAGCAACAGCAGCAGCAGCACGGGGCCGGUGCGGACCCGAGCACAAUCAAUCUCGUGCCGCACCUACACAUCCAGCAGCAGGUGGACAACAUAUCGUACGGCACGGCGACGACGGGGCACGGUGCGCUAGCGCUGGGCGCAGCCGCCGCCGUUGCCGCAGCCGCGGCCGCCGCGGCCGGGAACAACAUCCGCAUCAUCAAGGAGAGCCCGAGCUCGGACGUCGACCAGCAGCAGCACGAGUCGUCGCAGGAGAGCGUGGACGAGACGGGCCACCACAUGCCGAGCAUUAUCAAAACGGAAGACCUUAGUGGGGUGGCGCAGACCAUACCGAUGGACAUCUCCACGACACCGACCGCUGUAAACAUAACGCAAUCGCAAUCACAACAUACCGGUGGGCAAUGGACGGUAAUCGAUACGAAUUAUUCGCGGUUUGGCAUUGCGCCGAUUCAGACGAAUUUAGGACUACAGCAGCAGCAGCAGCAGCAGCAGCAGCAGCAGCAACAACACCAGCAGCAGCAGGUGCAGCAGCAGCAGCAGCACCAUCAACAAACGAGUCAGCAGCAGCAACAGCAUCAACAGCACCAAGGUGAUAGCCAAAGUUUGGGCAGUGCCGGCAACGGAGCGAACAACCCAGCGAACAGUGGCGCAACGGGCGGCGGUGCCGGGGCCAGUGCCGGCAGUGGCGGCAAUAACGGUGGGCUUGCGGGGGCCUCCGCCACCAACUCGAACGCCACGACGCCGCAACCGACGACACCGGUCCAGAUCUAUCAGCAUCCCUUCUCGCCCCAGAUCAUCUCGGUCAAUCCGAACAGCAUGGUCAACAGCUACCAGUCGUCGAACCUGUCCACACCGACCUCCCCGCAGGCCGGCAGCGAUCAAACGGCCGGGCUGGUGUACAGUACCGGCACGCCGAAUCAGUCCCCGCUCGGCACCACGACGGCCACCGCAUCCGGCACGAACGCGAGCGGGAACGGCGGCAACGGGGCUGCGGCCGCGGCCGGUGGCAAUGGAGCGGCGGGAGGCAACGGUGCGGGCGCAGGGACGGCGGGCAGUGGAGCUGGGGCAGCGGGGGGCGCGGCGGGUGCGGCCGGCGCGACCGCACAGCCGGUCAAGCGGAAACGGUCCGUCAACCCGCAGGGCGACGAAAACUUCCUGCGCGCGCUCGAGGCGGUCCGCUUCGGUGGCAUCGGGUUCUGCAAAGCCGCCCGGCUGUACGGCGUGAACAAUCGCACGCUCUGGUUGGAGUACAAGAAGCGAGGCUACCCGAUCAGCCGGCCGAGCAUCAAGAAUCGCAUCAAGCUGGAACCGAACAUAUCACCGCCGCCGACGGCUACGACACCACCGGGCGACGAGAACGCCUCGCUGGAGCACUACGAUACGGCCCUUUCCUCACCUGCCCUCAAUAUGUCCCUGCAGCAGCAGCAGCAACAACAACAGCAGCAGCAGCAACAGCAGCAGCAGCAAGUCACCGCGGCACAGCAGCAGCAGCAGCAGCAGCAAACACAACAGCACCAGCAGCAGCAACAGCAACAGCAGCAGGGCACCGAUACGACGAAUGCUGCGGCGGCGGCGGCCGCUGCUGCCGUGGUGGCUGCCUCGUCCACCCCGCUCAUGUGCCCACCGCACGGGCAUACGAUGGGCGUGAUGGGCUUUCUCGAUACCCGCCAUGUCGAUUUUACGACCACCGCCAGCCUGCACCAGAUGUCCCGGCAGCGAUACCCGGACACGGCGACCGUCAACAUGAACACGGGCGCCGUCAACCUGCAGGGGCUGAACUUUAACUCGAUGUAAGGGGACGGGUGGCUUCGUGUUGUGACCGUGAACAGUGGUGCUGAGGGUACGGGGGGUGGCGACGGUGGCGAUGGGAUCAUCGGUACCGAUCAGGCGACCAUUCUGUCGCUACGCGAGAUGACGGAAUCUUGAGACUCGCCGUCCCACGUACUCUUUUCAACUUUUUGGCGGUGCGCAACAGGUGAAGCCACAUAAUCCGCGUGCGUGAAGCUCUUUAGACGCUAAGCAAAGUUGUACAUACACAGGCAAGCAGCACCCCUUUUCAAUCCUCCCCCCCCCCCCCUCCCCACUCUGUUAAAGUUCUCGAUUAGUUUCGCCGGCAACUUUUUUUUUCGUGAUCGAUGUUCGAUCAUGGAUAGACAGUUUUAGCAAAACUUUCUCUUUGCUGUAAAAAGUUACUUGAUUUCAGACAUCUUACAGCUUUCUGUUCUGUAAGAUGUCAACCUUGCCCCAUGUUGGGUGUCUGGAAAAGCUUAUUUUUUCCACUAAAAGACUUUUUACUUCCUUUCUACUGCUAAAUAGUGUUGCCUCCCCUUCUUUUUUUUUUGAAUUGCAUAUAAAUAAAAUAUGUGUCCCCAAUUUAGUUCCUACUUAGGAUGAUGAUUCCAUUGCGGUGCUCGUAGAGCUGCCGUUUCCUCUAGUGUUUGUGGGUAUAUGUGCAACAGCCCCAUACGAUUAUGGGUUUUUGAUUUUCUCCUUGUGCUCCUUCAUCAUCAUCAUCAUUCUCCCCGUCAAGAUCCUAGCGCCUUCCAAAUUCGUUUUAUAGUGUGUAUGUCCGUCUCUGUCUGUAUGUGUGUUUGUGUGUGCGUGUGUGUGUGUGUGAUUGUGCGUGUUAGUAUUAUUCUCGUCCGUUGUGCAAAGUGAUCACUUGCGUCGUGUAAAAUAUUAUUUAUGUUUCCAUCUACUAUGGGGGAGAACGAGAGACUUGGGCUUACUUUAGUGUGGGUGUGUACAAGAAAACAGGAAGGAAACAAAAUUAUGCAGGCACAGGAAAUUAAGAGUGAAAAUUAUUGCGUUUCUUAACAAAAGCAAACCACUGUAUCUGAGAACUAUUAAACAAAACACACACACAGAAAAGACUCUUUAAAUCCCGCGUGUCGGCAAGGAGGGGGAAGGAGGACAGGCCAUGGGAACGGUUUAGCUGUAAAAGGUAUUAAGCGGUAGUGAAUGGUAAAGACAAGCAUUCAAAGCAUAGAGAAAACGGUCGAACAAAAAGAACUUGUGAAUAGUAAAAUAAAGCGAAGGUAAAUAGUAUUUUUGUUAACUCUUUUUUAGCAGUUUGUACGUGUAUAUUUGUGAGAGAAGGUGCGUUGAUGCACAAGCAUCGCAUCGGUAGAGUCAGUCAUGGAAAAUCAUCGAGGCGCACGGUAGCAGCAGAUCGGUUUAAACAGAAAAUAGUAGUGUAAAGCAUAAAGGAUAAAACGGGACGAGAAAAAACAAAAGGCGGACACAUAAACCAAAACCUAACCUUCACCGAAUGGCGCGCGAUGAGCCGUUGCGUGAAAGUAAUCAGUAAGUUAUUUCGGCGUAUGACAAUUGAUGACGAUUUGAGCAUUGCAAUGCUACAAUAGAGUAAAACCAGUAUCAAAAAGAACACACAGAAGACACAUAUUCACUGCAGCGGCGGUCACCACUAAAGGGUGGGGGAAUACAUAAUGAAACACAAUUUUGCGAACGAAAAAUGAACAAAAUAACAGUUGUGCGUAAAAAGGGAAGGACAGCAAACCGAUAUCAUUCAAAAGCAUUUUGCGACGAAACAAAAAGACAUUUACACGAUCAUAAGCAAAAGAACAACAAACCAACAGAUGGGAAAAGGAAAAAAAAAACUAAACUGAAAAGGAAGAAACACUAAGUAGUAGUACACUAAGAUAAGUCAACGGAAGAAGCGAAACGGAAGCGAAUAAGGAAGAAACAUUGUGUAUAAUAAACGGAUAGACGCAUACUAAAGUUAUUGUAAGUUUAAAGAACAAAUGUCGAUUGCAUCAGGAAAGUGUAGCUGAAAUACACCUUUCGCCAGCUGAAGAAAAGUGCACAUAGUCAAGAUGGUAAAGCGGAAAAAGAAGGAGGACGAAGAGGAAGAAGAGAUAAAAAACACACAUACACACAAACAACUCUAAUCCUAAUUUACAUCGGUUCACAGUAAACGGAUGAAGCAAUUUAAUGAAAGUGAGAAAACAAAAAAAAAACGACAACUAGAAAAGCAAAAGCAUAUUAAAGGAAAGGAGGAUGAAAUGAUUGUUGUAUAAAGAACCGGUAUCGUUGCGCCAUGUUGUGUCGAGUCAUACGGUGGGCGCCCAGCUGAGCGUCACAAAUAAAUAAAUAAACAAGGCCAUUUGUAUCAGUUUGUUUAAGAAACACAUGUGUACACAAAACUAUCCAUACACGAGAAAAAUAAUAAGAGAAAGAAGAAGAAGAAGAAGAAGAAGAAGAAGAAGAAGAAGAAGAAGAAGAAGAAAAAGAACAUAACAUACCAGAAAACAAUGCAGAAAGGAGAGAGCGAGAGAGAAAAUCAAGAAAAUGAAAAGUACAGGACACAUGAAAAGGAAGGAAGCAUGAAAAGAUGAAAGUAAACACGUUCUGUGCAAAAAAUAAGUAUUUACUUACGUGAGUAAUUUAAAUAAAUUGAAACAAAAUGAAAAAAAAA